AAAAGCUAGCUCUGCAAUACAGUACACAAGAAAAGCUAGCUAGCUAGCUAGCUCAUUGAGAAAACUAACACAAUGGGAAAUAGAGCUAUCCUUCUGCUGUUGCUUCUUGUGCUCUGUUAUGAGGUCACUGUGGCAGUAGGGUUUUAUAGAGAAGAAAAGGAAAACUGGAGAGGAGAGAGGGAAGAAACGGAGAGGGAUAAGGAAGAAGACUGGUUCUCGUUGCAGGAUUCAAAGCGUGUGAUUAAAACUGAUGCUGGGGUUAUGACAGUGCUCAGGAAUUAUGGUGGAAGGAUUGUAGAUAGGACUUUGCAUAUUGGGUUCAUUACUAUGGAGCCUAGAGCAGUUUUUAUUCCUCAGUAUAUCCACUUCAGCUUGAUCCUCUUCAUUCGCACAGGGGAAGCCAGGGUUGGAUUGAUCUACAGAGAUAAGUUAGCAGAUAGAAGAUUGGGGAUAUCUACCGAAUUCCUGCUGGCUCAUCUUUCUACUUGAUGAACACAGAGGAGGGGCAGAGACUUCACAUCAUUUGCAGCAUUGAUCCAUCUGAGAGUUUGGGAUUGGGUGUUUUCCAGGUACAUCAUCUCUAAAACGACUAGAGGAAUAUUUUCUCACUGCAUCUCGAGGUUUUUUGGCAGCACAGUUUUGUUCGUGGAGGCUGCGAGUCCAACAUAGAAGUUCAAAAGGUUAUUUGUGGCUAA